UGGCGACGGCUCUGCAGGUGCCAGUUAGAGGGGCUCGGCUGGCUGCGGCGGGCGCGGCGGCUGCCCGUUCGCACGUUCCCACCUCCCGGCGCCCGGAGCCGGCAGGACUCACACCUGGACCACGCCUCCAAUCCCCGCGGGGCGCCACGCCCGCGGUGCUGGAAGUAAGAGGCGAGCGCCAGGGCCGAGGGGACGCUGUUGCUCGGGCUGCGCGCCGCGGGCCGCCAGUUCGCGCGGCCAUGGACACGCCGCGGGCCAUCGGCACCUUCGGGGUGUGGGACUACGUGGUGUUCGCCGCGAUGCUGCUCAUCUCGGCCGUCAUCGGCAUCUACUACGCCUUCGCGGGGGGCGGCCAGCAGACCUCCAAGGACUUCCUGAUGGGCGGCCGCAGAAUGACCGCCGUGCCCGUGGCGCUGUCCCUCACUGCCAGCUUCAUGUCUGCAGUCACCGUCCUGGGCACCCCCUCCGAAGUCUACCGUUUUGGGGCCAUAUUCAGCAUCUUUGCCAUCACGUACUUCCUCGUGGUGGUCAUCAGCGCGGAGGUCUUCCUCCCGGUGUUCUACAAACUGGGAAUCACCAGCACCUACGAGUAUUUAGAACUUCGAUUUAACAAAUAUGUUCGUCUCUGUGGAACAGUCCUCUUCAUUGUUCAAACAAUUCUGUAUACUGGAAUUGUUAUUUAUGCCCCUGCCCUGGCUUUGAAUCAAGUCACAGGGUUUGAUCUGUGGGGCGCAGUAGUGGCAACAGGGGUGGUCUGCACAUUCUACUGCACGCUGGGUGGUCUUAAAGCAGUUAUCUGGACGGACGUUUUUCAAGUUGGGAUCAUGGUGGCUGGAUUUGCAUCUGUUAUUAUACAGGCUGCAGUGAUUCAGGGUGGAAUCAGCACUAUUCUACAAGAUGCCUCUAACGGUGGGAGAUUAAACUUCUGGAAUUUUAAUCCUAACCCUUUGCAAAGACAUACAUUCUGGACAAUUAUUAUAGGCGGGACCUUCACAUGGACCAGCAUCUAUGGUGUCAACCAGUCCCAAGUGCAGAGAUAUAUUUCGUGUAAAAGCAGAUUCCAGGCAAAAAUGUCUCUCUAUGUCAAUCUUGUGGGACUCUGGGCAAUCCUCACCUGCUCCGUAUUUUGUGGACUCGCCCUAUAUUCCAGGUACCAUGACUGUGAUCCUUGGACAGCCAAGAAGGUGUCUGCGCCUGACCAGCUAAUGCCUUAUUUGGUACUGGACAUUCUGCAAGAUUAUCCAGGACUUCCUGGACUUUUUGUGGCCUGUGCUUACAGUGGAACAUUAAGCACAGUAUCCUCCAGUAUUAAUGCCUUAGCAGCAGUAGCUGUGGAAGAUCUAAUCAAACCUCAUUUCAGAUCACUCUCAGAAAGGUCUCUCUCUUGGACUUCCCAAGGAAUGAGUGUCCUAUUUGGAGCCCUGUGUAUUGGAAUGGCUGCACUAGCAUCACUAAUGGGAGCUUUGUUACAGGCUGCACUCAGCAUAUUUGGCAUGGUCGGUGGACCCCUUCUGGGCUUGUUUGCUUUGGGCAUUUUGGUUCCCUUUGCCAACUCAACUGGAGCAAUUGCUGGUCUGCUGGUUGGAUUUGCCAUUUCUUUGUGGGUUGGAAUUGGAGCUCAACUUUAUCCUCCACUUCCUGAGAGAACUAUGCCACUAGGCCUUGAAACCCACGGCUGUAAUAGCACAUACAAUGGGACAAAUUGGAUGACAACCACAGAAAUGCCAUUUUCUACUAGUGCUUUUCAAGUAUAUAAUGUUGAAAGGACUCCCCUGAUGGAUAACUGGUAUUCUCUGUCAUAUCUGUACUUCAGCACUCUUGGAACUUUGGUGACAAUAUUCAUGGGAAUGCUUAUCAGUUUACCAACAGGAGGAAGACAGCAAAACUUAGACCACAGAUUCCUACUAACCAAAGAGGACUUUCUAUCCAAUUUUGAUAUUUUUAAGAAAAAGAGACAUGUUUUAAGCUAUAAACCUCAUCCAAUAGAAGAUGGUGGCACCGAUAAUCCUGCCUUCAACCACAUUGAAUUGAACUUCACAAAUCAAAGUGGAAAGAUGAAUGGGACUCGUUUGUGAAGCAGCUGUGAUACAGACGAUCUUAAACAGUGUCCCAGGUUUAUAUAUUUUCUAAGAUAAUUGGAUCAAGUUUAUAUAUAUAUAUGUACUUUUUUUCUAUCAUGCAGGUUUUAGGGUGAAAUUUUGGUGGGUAAAUUUUUGUUAAAGCAAAAUCCUGACUUUCUUUGCUUAGUACACCACUAACUAUGCUACUCUGGAGUUGAGAGUUUCAGCAUCAGCCUUUCCCCCCUGUCUCUUUUGUUUCAGUGAAUCUAGAGUUGUGAAAGUUCUGAAAGUUAUAACUAUGCAUUUGCUGGAAGGCUAAUACAUACAUAUACAUGCAUAGUUGAUGGUCAAAGCAUACUCUUAAAUUUGGGCAUUGUUAGAAGUAUUUUCCAAGCAUUUGGUACUAGCGUAUAAGUUUUGGUGUUUGCUGGAAUCAUGAGUAAUAUUGAAAAGAGCUUUUCUCCCUCCUACUACACACUUGAUUCCUAGGGAGCAGGGAGGUGGCAAGUCUAUGUUGUCUAGCUCUUUGCUGCUCAUCUAUCCCUGUGAGCCCAGGGCACCUCGUCCCAGCCUAUAGAUGAAAACUUCCAUGAGUCUGAUACUAAUGUACUUUUACUGUAGGUAUUUAUGGGUUUCAUGAUAAAAAAUGGUUAAGCUCCAUGGAGUUAGAUGAUUACAUUAAUGCUAUUAAGUCGAACUUUUGAACGUCAACUAAUUUGCAAUCAAUUAAAUUUAAAGGUACAUAUGCGUAGAAAUCUUAAAUACUAGUAUAUUCACCCAGCUAAAUAACUAAAUUACAAGGCAGACACUACUAUUUGUCUUUACUGUCCUGGAAUUUCUAAACGUAUGCUUUGUUCCGUGUUUUAAAAUUUCAAGUAGCAGUCUCAAAAGUUUAUUUCAUUUAUUUUGCUACGUUUCUACCUAAGAGUUUAGUUAUUGACUUUCAGGAAUAACUUAAUGUUUAUCUACAGUUCCCACAUUAGAUACUACUUAGAAGUUCUUUAGCUUUAGAAUGUCAUAAAAUAAUAAUGUGAAAAAUAUUUAGAUACAUUAAAAAUACCACAAUUAAGUAAUAUUUUGCUUAUUUUCUGAUAUUUUGCUUAUUUUCUGAUAUUUAGGCAAUCAUGCUCUGUACUUUUUGAGGUUGCCAAUUGAAAACAUUAAGAAAUAAAAAAUAGGAAGUAGCAUUUUUAUCUAAUGCAAAGUGAUUUGUAUAACAUUUAAAUUAUUCAUAUAUUUUAUAUGUGUAUAGAUACUUUUUUAAUCAAUGUAUUUGUAAGCAUAAAUCAAACUUUGCAAAUCUUUCUACAAUUUUCUAAUUAGUAAGAAGAUAUAAUCUUUGUUUUAUGCAAGUAUGAUUUGAACUAUUGUUAUUUAUUUAAUAAUUCUAAAUGCACAUGUCUGUAGAAUUUGCACAUGUCAAUUUUGGAAAUCAAAAUCAAAUUAUUUAAAUGAUUUUUUCUCUUAUCUGACUGUUCAUGAUUAUGCAAUGUAUUCUUAAUGACAGAUAUGAUACAGUCUUGCUUUUAACAAAGUAUAGUUUGGUGACAUUAAGAGCUGUCUAUAUUUUGCUUUUAUAAACACAGAGUGCUUGAUGGAAUUCUUAGGAAAUCAAAAUAAUUUUAUUAAUAAUUAUGAAAAAUCAUUAAUCUUUUCUAAAUGUUUGGGUAAAACCAAAUAGAGGUAAAAUGUUAAUAUUUAAUGACAUAAACUUAAUAAUCUAAUCCUUGUCAUUAGGGAGAGGUCUACAUGUUUUCUAUUUUUAUUUUGCCACCGACAAGUUUUAUAACCUUGAACUUAUCCUUAUCUCCUCUGGUGAUGAAACUUAACAUUAAACACUUACCUACCUCAGAGUAUAGAAGAUCAGAUAGCACUUUAUUAACUCAAGCAAUGUUACUUAAAAUUUCAAUUUGAUUGGGAAUCAGAAUUUAGACAAAGGUCGUUUAUUAGUUUUUUUAAAAGAUGAGCUGUUUAAAAUCAUUUGCAGUGUACAAUGUGGAGAUAAUACUCUAAAAAAAUACAUGCUCUUGAAAUAUUAGAAUAUAUUUAGGAUCAUUCUAAUAGGAUGUAAACUGUAAAGAAAGCUAUAGACCAACAAUAUUCACUCCACAGAGAAAUGAUAAUUUUGUAUGUAGGAUGUAAAAUAGUAUAAAUACAUACUCAUUGUUUUAGUUGGUUAUGCAAUGGUUUUCUCUCUACACCAGUGGUUCUCAAUGGGUGGUUUUGUACUUUAGGGGACAUUUGGAAAUAUCUGGAUAAAUUUCUGUGUCACAGCUGGUGAGGAGGUGCUGCUGGCAUCUAGUGGAUUGGAUUCAAGGACUGCCAAACACCCUAUGAUGCACAAGGCAGCCCCCUCCUCCACAACAGCAAGAUUAUCUUGCCCCAGGUAUCAAUAGUGCAGAGGUUGAGGAAUCCUGCCUUAGAGGCUAAGGUUGCAACCUUGAUUUUCCUGUCACAAACCCUGAUUGUGUUCUUUGAGGGAAAUUGCCUUGACUCUUCUUUCUGAUAGUUCUCAUUUACAGGUGGGGAUUAAACUAUCACUAGCAUAUGAAAUGUUGUGAUCUGGAAUAAUGACCAUAUAUUUCCAUAGCCUUUUGAAAAUAUUGAGAACUAUAGAAUUGUGCAUAAUCAUGAAAACAAGUUUUAACAAAGCUUUGUUUCACGACAUGAUUUCGAACAUUAACACACAUUUGAUGAAGGAAAUAUUAAAUAUAUGAAUAUGAAGAUUUCAUAAUUUUGGUAUUUUUUAAUGAAAACCCCAGAAAGUAUAAUUUAUUGUUAACAAAUGAGCAUCUGUUCAUGUUAUAGAUACAAGGGACAGGGAUGGAGUCGAGAUCAAGGAAGUGAUUUUCUGCAUUCUUUUUUUAUUGAAUUAUAACUGACAUAUAAUAUUGUAUUAGCUUGAGGUGCAACACAUGGUGAUUUGGUAUUUUUAUACAUUACAAAAUGAUCACCAUCAUAGGUUGUGUUGAUUUUUAUAAGAAAUUCCUGAGUUUCUCCAAUAAUGUGUUGACACAGAGUCAACUGACUGCAUGACCAAUUAGCUACUGGAAAUUCCCUGUACCAUUUAGUCAUUGUAAAAUUUACUUCUGCAUUUGAGUUGUGUGCCAAUUGUUUGUGAAAAAACUUGAGGGAGUUGAACAUUAUCAUGUAAAAUGUGGUUGCAUUUAUGAUUUUUCAUUCUUGCUGAAUAAACUCUCCACAAAUGUC